ACCGAGUCGCGCAGGCGCUCUUUCUUUCUCAAGUCUCCUCUAGCCGUUUGUUGGUGAUUGAAACGCUCCUUGAUUAGACGUCGUCUCGGCUCGAAAGACUCUCGCCUAGAGAGCAGCGCCAUGUUCCGGCGGAAACUGACGGCGCUCGACUACCACAACCCGGCCGGGUUCAACUGCCGAGAUGAAACAGAAUUCCGAAAUUUUAUUGUUUGGCUUGAAGACCAGAAAAUCCGACACUAUAAAAUUGAAGAUAGGGGGAAUUUAAGAAACAUCCAUAAUGCCACAGAAUGGUCAAAGUCCUUUGAAAAGUACCUUAAAGAUGUGAAUUGUCCCUUUACUGUACAAGAACGGCAAGAAACCAUUGAUUGGCUUUUGGGAUUGGCAGUUAGGCUUGAGUAUGGAGACAAUGCUGACAAAUAUAAGGACCCUACACCAGAAGGGCCUAAAGAUGCAGAUAAUGCAGCCAAAAAUACAGAACCCCUGAUAAACCUGGAUGUGAAUAAUCCUGAUUUUAAAGCUGGCGUGAUGGCUUUGGCAAAUCUUCUUCAGAUCCAACGUCAUGAUGACUAUUUGGUUAUGCUUAAGGGUUUGCCUGUCGCCUUAGAUAAACAUAUUCUUGGCUUUGACACUGGAGAUGCUGUCCUCAAUGAAGCUGCUCAGAUCCUCCGACUAUUGCACAUAGAAGAGCUCCGUGAGUUGCAGACCAAGAUAAAUGAAGCCAUUGUAGCUGUUCAAGCGAUUAUUGCUGAUCCAAAAACUGAUCACAGACUUGGCAAAGUCGGGAGAUGAACAAAAUAAAAAAAAAAUUCCCAUGUUUGGAAAGAAACCAGGGCAACUGCCAGCACAUCCACUAAAUAUUUUUCUUUGCAUAAAUAAAGCUUGGAUUAAACCUCCUGUAGUGGGAGGUUGUCAAGUACAGCAGUG